GAGAAAUCAUUGGUGUUCAGUCUACGUCUCAAAGCGCUUCAGCAGAACGGGAAGAUGGACAGCGACUCUGACGCGCCGCCCCGCGAGUUGCACUCCGCCUAUGCGCUGUACUCGUUCCAUGCGAAUCGGAUCAAGGUCGUCCCCAGCCCCGGAGCAGCAACAGCAACAGCAACAGCAGCAGCAGCAGCAGCAACAGCAACAGCGAACAGCGAUGACGAUCAGCCAGCGCCCGACUCUGAUCUGUCGCUCGCGCAGCCGCACCACCUCCUCCACACCCAGCAGGCUCAACAGCCUCAGCAAACUCAACAACCUCAGCAACAACAGUCUGCUGUUGGCGAGUUCCUGACGCGCGAGAGUCUCGUCAACUCUGACUUUACCCUGACGCUGAUCGCAGCCAAUCUGUCCAUUGAGGCCGAGCAGGAGCUCAAGACAUUCAUCGCCAAGCGCCUGCUCAAGGGAUCCAUCUAUGCGGGCUCUGGCAAUGUGGCCCAGGUCGAUCCCGCCGUUGCCCGGACGAUGCUCACCUUGGCGCUCCAGCACGAGCAGCCGCCGUCGCCGUCGGGAAAUGGUCAUCGCCAAGGUCAUAGCCAAGGUCAUGGUCAUGGAAGCGACAUUCUAGCAGGCGACCACGCCAGUCCAGCCCCUUCAAAUGGCGCGAUGGAUUACCAGCUGCUGCAUCCCGAUGGCCAACCAGCCAAGCACAACGCAAUGCACACCGGAGACGUUCGCCGACCAUCAUUCAGUGUCGCGCCUCCGGACGCAAGCAAGCUCAGUCUGCCAGUGCUGACUUACUACACGCUUCUAAGAGGAUCGCGGGAGCUCUCGGCACUCUCUUUGCAAUUCCCGACGGACGGCGGCGACGCGUCCUCCCGCUCGGUGGCAACGCCCGAUGUCGACGAUGAUCCGCUCAACCAGUCAGGCAGCUACCGUUCGGACGAAUACCUGCUCUGUCUCGUUCAUGUCCUGUCGCCCAAAGCGGCCGACGCCCUCGCCUCGGAUGCAGUCUCACCGUUUGAUCUCUUCCGCUCGGAUCUCGAUCGCUUCUCGCACAGCCUUUCCCUGCUGUUGCCUGCGCGUCUGCCAGACCCAGCCACCGCCAUGAGGCAGCUCGGUCGCGAUUGGACAGCUGCGGGUGCUGGCACCCCGCGACCGCGCGGGCAGAGCUUCCAGGCCGCGCUCCCGUCGUCCUACCAGUCUGGCCUGCAGUCGGAUUCUGCCCCGCCAUCCUCUCAUGGCGAUGCGCCAACGUCACUGGCGCACCAACUUUCUUCCUUUGGUCCACUCGACAUGAUCGCGGCUACAGCGCAGUCGCCCGUGCUGUCGGCGUGGCUCGCCUCCGCCGUCCCGGAUGUUCUGGCCCGGUUGGACGAAUGGGUCGAUUUGUGUCUCCAAUACUUCCCUCGAACCGUGCGGACCUUGCCUGCCAACGUGCUCGACCAUGUGUUGUUUGCGUGUUUGUGCGGAACCAACGUGGAAGUCACCGUCGAAUCCUCUGCAGAGCUUCGCAGUUCCCUCGCCGCUGCAGUUGCAGAUUUGGCCAAAUUUGCCGGCGCUGUUGGCUUUGCACAGCUCAACGCCCUCUUGGAUCACAGCUCUCAUAAUCCAGUCUCAAGUUCCGUACCUACGCCUGCCGAUGCGCCUCAGCUUCCUGCGGAACUCACAUCCUCCCUCUCGUGCGUUGUUGCUCCGAAUUUGAUCGUGCGCGUUGGCACCACGAACAGUCAAGGAUUGGUGUUGGGACCGCACGGACCCGUUCCCAUGCCUGUGACUCCCAGCAAUCCCUCCAACCUGCGCGCCAAAGCUCUCAAGCUCCGCGUUGCCGAACAGACCGAACCAGACAUGCUGCCCCCGCACAUUCCAACACCCACCGUUGCUGUGAAAAUGGAGGAUGGACAACCAGACCCGCUAUUCGCGGAUUUGCCAGAAUCCUGCCGUGAGUUUGCAACAGAGCUGCGGCUGGCGCUCUUCUCCGCACCCGAUCCGCUCGUUUUGCGACACGCUCUGGAUUUGUACAAGCUGCGUGUCACGCAAGAAAUGAAUCACUUCAAGCGACUGGUUCGCCAAGCCGAAGUCGAUCACUAUGCGCUCUACCGCGCGUCCGAGUUUCUUGAGCGCUGUGGUCUGGGUGCCAUUUUGUUGCGCGCUGUUUCGUCGUUUGACGUGCUCUCAUCAGAGGAAGCUGAUGUGUUGAAAGCGCUCACAUGGUUUCAGAGUCGGCAGCAACCGUUAGUUUGAAAGUCGUUUUUUGUUUCGUUGCUCACACCAUUGGUCGAUCGGCUUUAAAUGAAAAUGAAAAAUUUACAGAUGACAACAAUACUAUAUUUCGACGUCGCG